AUGAAGAAGAUGUAUCUGAAUUCUGGGUCGGGAAGAAGAAAGAAGGAAAACGAAAUGAAGAAGGAAAGAUGGUUUCUGGACAACGGAAGCAUCUUCUUGAAAGAGCUUAUCGCUGAUUGCAACGGUAAAUCCAUUCCCAUACGCAGCUUUUCUUCUUCCCAGAUCCUUAAAGCCACCAAUAACUUCGAUUCAAGCUGUUUCGUCUCGGAAGAUGCCUACUUUAAGUGGUAUAGAGGUAAAAUCGAAGAUAGAUCUUACAUGAUCAAGAAAUUCUCAGAGGAUAAAGUUGUUGGAAUCGGAGACAGAGCUGACGAGGUUUACAACGACAUUGUUCUGUCGAUUCGGAUGAGUAACCACAGCAACUUUCUAAAACUGUUAGGAUGUUGUCUCGAGUUCCCUUUUCCUGUUCUGUUGUUUGAAUUCGCAGAACAUGGAGCUCUGAAUCGUAGAGGAGGUGUUAUGACAAACGGGGAAGAAUCUUUAUUGCCAUUGCGUUUAAGAUUGAAGAUUGGGAAGGAGAUUGCGAAUGCACUGACUUAUCUUCACAUGGCCUUCCCUAAGAUCAUCAUACAUAGAGAUGUUAAGCCAAUGCAUGUUUUCUUGGACAAGAACUGGACCGCAAAGCUGUCUGAUUUGUCCUUCUCGAUAUCUCUCCCUGAAGGAAAAGCAACAGUGGAAGCUAAAAUAGUCCUGGGAACAUUCGGGUACCUUGAUCCGUUAUAUCAUGACACGCGUUUUGUGACAGAGUAUACAGAUGUGUAUAGCUUCGGGGUGUUUCUGUUGGUUGUUCUCAUUGGAAGACCAGCUCUCGUUUCCACUGGAUCUGAUGGUGAUUACGAAGGUGUUCUUGGCUAUGUGAGAGGCUUGGUUGAGAACGGGAGGCUCAGUGAAGUAACUGAUCCAAUGAUGGUCACAAGUGAGCAGAGAGUGCUGGUGGAAGCUUGUGUUGUGCUUGCGUUGAGAUGCUGCGAGGAGAGAGAUGAAGACAGACCAAAGAUGAUCCAAGUAGCUAAAGAGCUCAAGCGGAUGGAGACAUCAUUGCGUAAUUAA